GGCCAAACCAGCACCACCACAUCCAGAAGGGAAAACCGGAGGGAGGGGAAAGGAAAAAUAAAUAAAAAGAGGGAGAAGCGAGAAGCGAAGCGAAAGGGAAGCCAAGCGAGGGGUGGAGGAGGGGAGAGAGGCCGGAGGAGGAAUAAUCCCGCGGUUGCCUGUGGGUUUCGGGAUCUCGUCGAGGGUCCGGUCCGGCCGCGGCGCCCGCACCCUGCGCGGUGAUCUGAGGGCGGUUGGUGGGGGCGAUCGGAGGCGGAGGUGGAUCUCUGGCUGUGAGAUCUGUGUUCUGGGACAAGCCAUGAACAGCACAACCACCGGUUGUUAACAAAGCAACUCCCGUGUAAAUUAUAAGCAACCCGAACGAGGCGCUAGUAUGGUGUUCCAGAAGAGGUCGUCGUCGGAGAUGGAAGUGUGUGGCGGAAGCCACGUCGCGGAGAUGCCGCGAGUCCCAAAAUCCGCGAGGGGCAAGAGAUCAGUCCGGAAGAAGGAGAGCCAGACUCAGAUGAUGUGCGCGUUUGACCUUCUCGCGACGGUGGCCGGGAAGCUGCUUGACGAGGGCGAGGGCUCGCUGGGGAACAUGAGCGCUGUGUCCCCGGUCCCCGCUGCAUCCACAAAGGAUGUCCAUGUGAAGCAAGAGCAAUUCGGUGAGGAGGUGAAGCAUUUCAGGAAUGAUGUGAUGGAUCAGGAUAGCUGUAAUGAGAGUGCAUUGAUCUCCCACAUUGCGUCCCAGCAACUGGUGGAUCACCAAUCCCGGAAGGGAGAGGAUCUGAAUGAGGUUCCAAAGGCAAAGUCUGAGGCAAUGGACAAGGAACCCUCAAUGAUAAGUUGUACCAAGGCUGACUUGGGUUGUAAUUUUGGGGCGAUCGCAGAUAGGUGGUCACCUGAAUCAGUGGAGUCAGGAGCCUUCACUGCGGAUGCAGCUGCAAAUGUGAUGGCGAUGACCGCAGCAGGAUUUAAUAAGAAUGUCGCUGACAUGUAUAAUCUGCUUGACCCAAUGGAUGUUGAUGUGAAGCCACCUCCUUUGGUCAGCUCUGACAGCACUGGUGAGAUGCCAUUGUACGGUGAUAAAAUUCGCAGGUCGAUUUCCUUCCCGAGGGGCCCAAAAGGAGGAGCGGAGUAUGCUGUAGAUAGGGAGCAGCAUGAUGAUGAUGAUGAUGAUAAAUCUUCUGGGUGCACUCAUUCGAGCACCGCCACUAACAGGGGUUUUAGGCCCAAUUGUACAGCUGAUCAUAGUAGGGUAAAGAAGUUGCUGGCCUGUAAGUACAGGAAAGUUGCUCCUGCUAGGAUGCACAAAGGAGAUCUUUCCUAUAGUGAUGCUGACCGGAAGCCUUCUUUCCGGAACAAGAAAAUGUAUUAUACACGGCAAAGGACCCAAAGGAGUUCAUUCAAGCGAAGGAAGCUGUUGGAUCGCCGCUCAACACUAGUAUCUGAAGAAUUUGCGAAAUCAAAUGCAAAGAGAACCAACAAGGUUGCAGCAAGAGAAUCUCAUAUUGCUUCUUUGGAAGCAAACAAGGGGAUCAAUUCAAUGCCAUUCCAUAAAUCUUGUGAAUCAAAUGAUUGCCAUGUGAAACUGAAGAUCAAGUCUUUCAAGGUGCCUGAACUUCUAAUUGAGAUCCCAGAAACUGCAUCUGUUGGUUCAUUAAAGAAAACUGUUCUGGAAGCCGUGAAUGCCAUGCUUGGAGGUGGUCUGCGUGUCGGUUUGCUUCACCACGGAAAGAAAAUCAGAGAUGAUAACAAGACCCUAAUGCAGGCCGGGAUUGCUCAUGAUGAUGUGCUGGACAACCUAGACUUUUCACUCGAACCCAACUGUGCACAACAUCCACCACAACUCUCAGCAGCUGAAGAUAUCGAAUUCCUGGAAACUAUUGAAACAACUGAACCCCUAGCAAGGGUCACACCGGCUGACUCAUCUUCCAAACAUGGUGAAGUUGAUGCUUCACAGGAGCUUGCACUGACCCCUGUAACAGCGAACUACCAGGGGAACGAUCGUGAUUCUGUGCACUCUCCUGGGGGCAUUUCUUCACCUGAGAAAGCUUCAGCAAACUCGCGAGCUAUUGUCGUAGUUACACCUGUAGAUUGCAAUGCAGGGGCUAUAGUUCCAGCAAAUAAGGCAAAGAGGUCAUCCGAACAGGGGCAGCGGAGAAUUAGACGUCCGUUCUCUGUUGCCGAAGUGGAAGCACUUGUUCUUGCGGUGGAAAAGCUUGGAACUGGAAGAUGGCGGGAUGUUAAACUUCGUGCCUUUGAUAAUGCGAAGCAUCGAACUUACGUUGAUCUUAAGGACAAAUGGAAGACGCUGGUGCACACGGCGAGCAUCUCGCCCCAGCAACGGCGUGGUGAGCCGGUGCCACAGGAUCUGCUCGACCGGGUCCUGGCGGCCCAGUCCUAUUGGUCCCAGCAGCAAGCCAAGCUGCAACCUAAGACACCCCCACUGGCAGAAGCUCGCCUGCUCACCUAAUAACUUCAUCUCAGCUAAUGGCGUCUUAGGAAACCAUUCCAGCUUUUGUAUAAAGUCAGUAAGUCAGUCAGCCCAUUCAAAGGAGGUUAAGGAAGAUAGUAGAAAAUAUAUACAUAAAAAGGUACAAGAAGUAUUGACCGAAUUGUUGUAAUAUCUACUCACCAACUAUUCUUUUAAGCCAGGGUUCUCUCUCCUUGUGAAUUUAACCAAAGGAAAGGGUAUUUCUUUGGCAAACUGUACAUGAUGAUGAUGGAAGAAGAUGAUGAUCCAUGAACUGAGAUCUGCAGUGACUACUAACUCACAAUUUCUACAGUUGUGGUAAAAAAGAAGAGAGUCUAGCUUCAGAUUCUUUUGUUCAAUUCAAUUCAUUCUUUUGUUAAGAGGAUGAGAAUGGUGGACGGAUAAGGAGGGAUGGAUCUGUGCUCCCCUUUUUCCCUUUUCUUCUUCUUCUUAGUUGUACUAUGUUUAUUCACCAAUCUUGUAGUUAUUUUGAUCCCCUCAAAAUUGUACUUGAUCAUCUAACAAUAUUAAAGGAAUUGUUUACUCUUCUCCAA